AAGAGAAAGCUUAGACGAGAGUGUCCGACAACUUUGAUUGGCAUCGUGCACAGGAACACUGUUUUACAUCGAACUUGUAAAGGUUUUGCCCAUUUCGUAUGUGGAAAUACGACAGUAGAGGCUAGUCUACUGCGGUCAAACGAAAGAGAGCACUUUUGUUUUUCAUCUCUAUCACUACCCUCAAGUACAUUAACAGAUGUGAAUGCCUUAUUAAACUUUCCACAUAUCACGGAUUUGGAUCUCUCGAAUAAUGAUCUCGAGGAAUUGCCGUUACUGUUCUCGUUUAAAUUUCUUAAGACGUUGAACUUAUGCAACAAUCGUCUUGAGCACCUUCCACCUAUUUCGAAUUGCACUGAGCUUAUAAAAUUAGAUCUGAGUGGAAAUAUCUUGACCGAUAUGUCCACUACUGGUGUACUACCGGAAUUGCGGGAGUUGUAUUUGCAAUGUAAUUGCAUUUCUACAGUUGACGGUAAGCUUGCCGGUACAACAGCGUAUGCGUCAUCUGAGCCUCGAAAUGCUUUUACGAUAAACACGCAUUUAAUUACAAGUUGA